UCUUGUGCCGAGUGGAUCUGCUACAUCGUAACCAGUCAAACAAAGUUAAACCACAAGUGAAGUUAGUACCAAGCACCAGAAAUGAAUAUGGAUUCAGACUGCAACAUGGCUCCUGUGACUUCCGGAAACGGUAAACUUCGCCAGUGGUUGAUUGACCAAAUUGACAGUGGGAAAUAUCCCGGGCUGGUCUGGGAGAAUGAAGACAAGACCAUUUUUCGGAUUCCUUGGAAACAUGCCGGCAAACAGGAUUACAACCGAGAAGAAGACGCGGCACUUUUCAAGGCUUGGGCACUUUUCAAAGGCAAAUUUCGUGAGGGAAUUGACAAACCAGAUCCCCCAACAUGGAAGACUAGGCUAAGGUGUGCUUUAAAUAAGAGCAAUGAUUUUGAAGAAUUGGUUGAACGUAGUCAACUCGACAUCUCGGAUCCAUAUAAAGUGUAUAAAAUUAUACCAGAAGGAGCAAAGAAAGGAGGGUCAAAGCAAGUGAACAUGGAAGAUCAACAGAUGCUAAUCAAUCACCAUUCUUACCCUACAUAUCCCUCAAUGCCACCCCAGCUGCCCAGCUAUAUAGUACAACAUGAACGUAGCUGGAGAGAAUUUGAACAACCGCAUCCAGAGCUCUCCUAUCAAUGCCCAACAGUGCCUUUUCCUCCACGGAACCACCACUGGCAAGGACCUGGUUGUGAAAAUGGUUAUCAGGUAACUGGAUCAUUUUAUGCUUGUGCCCCUGCUGAAUCUCAAGCACCUGGUAUUUCAAUAGAACCUAGUAUGAGAUCUGCUGAAGCACUGGCCCUUUCAGACUGUCGGCUACAAAUUUUUUUGUAUUAUCGAGAAACCCUGGUGAGAGAAGUGACAACAACAAGCCCUGAAGGUUGUAGAAUAGCCCACGGCCAAGUUGAUAAGCUAUUUUCAGCUAGCAACAUAGAUCAGGUGCUGUUUCCUUAUCCAGACAGCAGUGCACAACGCAAGGGUAUUGAAAAGCUGCUCAGUCACUUGGAGAAGGGAGUCUUGAUGUGGAUGACCCAUGAUGGUCUCUAUGCCAAACGAUUAUGCCAGAGCAGAAUCUACUGGGAAGGACCUUUAGCACCAUACAGUGACAGGCCUAACAAGCUGGAGAGAGACCAAGUCACAAAACUUUUUGACACACAACAAUUUUUAGCAGAAUUACAAAGCUAUGCACACCAUGGCCGAUCACUCAUACCAAGGUUCCAAGUUGUGUUCUGUUUCGGUGAAGAAUUUCCCGAUCCACAGAGAUCAAGAAAACUUAUCACAGCACAUAUCGAACCAGUGUUUGCCAGGCAGCUUUAUUACUUCACUCAACAGAACAGUGGACACUUGCUUAGAGGGUUUGAAAUGCCUGAUCAUGCGAACAGUCCAGAGGAUUAUCACAGAUCUAUUCGACAUUCAAUCCAGGACUAAAAUUCUGAAGACCAAUCAUUUUUAUUGUGCAACUUAAUUGACUGACCCAGAAAUCCAGCACUUUGUUCUGGAAUUCCAUUCAAACAGCAUGGAUAUGAGAAGUCAUUGAAUCUACUGCUGAAGACUAUGCCACAGCACUGUGCUCACAAUGUUACAGUGUGACAAACUGACUCCCAAUAGAUGAUUCCACUGGCCACCUUGCUGUUUAGGAAUGAAACCCAAUGAAUUUGUCUGCUUCUCGUUGGUGCACUCUUUUGAUGUGUAAUCCAAUGCUUUCUUGUGGUUAAAUAUUUAUUUGGGAGUCAGAGAUUCUCAGGGAAUUUGAUUAUAAUUUUUUACAUCACAGAUGUAAAAGCGAAUUCUGGGAUAUAAUAUCCUAAAAGAGUAUAAAUGUUUUUUUAUAAAUAAUUCCAUGUUGAAUUUUCUAAGCUGUUAAAGUUAUUUUUUUCUAUUAAAAAUAAAGCUUUUAAUAAGUCUAA